ACGGCCGCCCGCGCUGCCAGGGAGGAUCCGACAUUCCCGCUGCCAGCCGCGGGGAGCGAAACCGCCGGGAGAGAGCUCCGCAUCCCCCCUUUUGGGGAAAACCACACCUGAGGAGCGUCCGCAGGGGCUUGUUGGCUUCAAGCAGUCUGUGCAGGGGAAGGUGCUGCUGCGACCAUGAUGUCCCUGGGUGUCAGCAAAGGAGGGAUCAUCCCCCCCACGGACGAGGACCGGCGCAGGAUCAUUAAGCAGAUGAAGGUUCGCACCACCCUGAGAGGAGACAAGAGCUGGAUCCACCACCACAACUCGGACUCUGAGGAUGAGAAGAAGAGCAGCCCCCUGUCUGGCCGGGCUGGUGGGGGAUCCCCAGCCCCAAAACCUGCUGCUCCCCAGAACGACAGGUCACCUUCCUCCAAGCCCCAGUCCGGUUACCUUAUCAGGGGGGUGUUCACCAGGACCAUCGACAAGACCUCGGCCGUGCCAGAUUCCUCCUCUCCUAACCAAGCACAGAAAAACAAUUCCAUGAAGGGACAGAGCCCGGGCCGGUCCCCCUCUGGAUACAGGAUGACCACUGAGGACUACAAGAAACUAGCUCCUUAUAAUGUCAGGCAAAAAUCUGUGGAUGGGGGUGAGGAGGACGUGCCUUUUUCUCCGGAUGAACACAAAAAGAGGACUGAGGCUGCCAACAGUGUCCUGCGGCGCUCGGCCGGCCGGGAACGCGCCUACGUCCUGUCGGCGGCCAAGAAGAGCAACGGCAGCCCAACACAGGAAUUCCCACCCUUGUUUGCCAAGAGAAUUGAGAUAGAAGAGGAGGAAGGGCAGCAGAGGAGGAGUCCAACCGUGCCGGGUUCCCAACGGUUUGCACCGGAUGACAGCAGUGCUAACAGGGUAAGAAAAACCACCCCUGGAUCUUCCUGGGAUGAGCCAAAGGCAGCAGCAGCCUCUCCCUCCAGCCCCACAACAGACAGCGGGAGCCAAACAUCCACAUCCCCGAGGGAAACUUCAGGGAGAAGCUCCACUUCUGCUGGAAUCAGGAAUGGUGAGGACAGCCAGGCCCUGAACGGGAAAUCCUCCUGGGAGGCUGUGACACAGCAUGGGGACGGCGACAAAGCUCUGAAGGAAAAGCCUGAGCCCUUCCCAUGGGAUGAGGCCCCCAGAGCCACCGUGGCUUCCACGAAUGGAAGCUUCCCUGAGCACACAGAGGCCAACAAUGGGUUUUACCCACCCAAGUCCAGCUCCGAUUCCAGGGACAGACCUGGGGAUGCUGCGGAUGAGCUGCUCCAUCACUACGAGCCCUCUCCUGCCCUGGAUGUUGGAAGGUCUGUCCUGGGGUACGAGGAGAGGAGCAGCUCCACCAGUCCUGAGGGCCCAGCACAGCUCCAGCCCCACUGGAACAAGUUUUCAGGCUCAACCAACCUCACUGAGAGGGGCCAAGGACCUGCUGGCCAUGGUGCCCACCCAGAGCUGCCCAGGGCACAGGAACCCACGGCCCAUGAGCCCGGGGUGGUCGGGUCCCAGGACAGCACUGGUGGGAGCAGGGACAUGGAAAAGGGGAUGCCAUUCCAUGUGCAGAGUGAAGAAUUCAUGGAAAGAAGGUCCAGCUCUGGACCUGGAGGAAGCAGCAUCCCUGCUCCAGAGACCCCACAUGCCAACGAGUCCGAGCCACGCCGGGACAGGGUCACUGCGGCCCACGAGGAUCAAACCAUCCCCACCACAGAUGGUCCCCAGGACUGGAGGCACAGUGAGCCUGGCCCAGGGGCAGCCAGGUCUGACUUCAGCUCCAGAGAGAGUGUUCUCAGUGCCCAUGAGAGCCAGCACCCUGUGCCCCUGUACCAGGACCCCCAGCCCUUCUUUGGGACAGCUCCCAGCCACAGGAUCCCGGCCUACGUGGACAGCCAAGUGUUCAGCACCAGGAGGCCCACCCUGGAUCCUGAAGGGAGAGUUUCCGACGGGAGCAGCCGAUCCGAUGGUGCCAGGGGGCACGGGGAGUUCACCCCCCCGGCUGGGCGCCAUGACUCCCUUCCCAGAGAUCCCAGCAUGUCCAUGGCCCAGAGAAGCCACAGGGUGCCGUUCUACAUGGACAGCCUGAACUACAACAGCACCAGGCUCCUCUCCAGUUCCAGUGAGAGGCUCUCCAGCCCCGGGUUCCAUCCUGACUCCAGCGCUGCCGGGAGGGGGAUCCUCUUUGUGAAGGAGUACGUGAACACCGGCGGGUUUCCAGCCUCCCCACGCUAUGGAAGUGGCAGCCUUGUGGAUCUGACUGAUGUGGACAGAGCCAGCUACAGCCACCACAGUUACCUGUCCAGUACUCCCCUGCACAGGUCCAGUGACCCCGUGUGCAGUUACUGCAGCCGGGAGAUCCGAGACUGCCCCAAGAUCAUCAUAGAGCACCUGAACAUCCACUGCCACGAGUACUGCUUCAGGUGUGGAAUUUGCCACAAAGCAAUGGGAGAUCUUCUGGAUAAAAUAUUCAUCCACCGGGACAUUGUCCACUGCGACAAGUGCUACGAGAAACUCUUCUAGGGUUCUGCAGAGCUGGGAAGGCAGCCCCUGGAAGUCCACAGCAGCAUUGGAAUAUAGCUGGCAGCUCCUGACUGGCCAAGAUAGCAGAAUUCCUGCUCCUGCUUUCCUCCAGUUCUUUCCCCUCUCGCUCCUCCCUGGCCAUGAGUGAGUUUAGCACCCUGUCACUGUCACCUGCACUGAGAUGAUGAUGGGAAUGAGACAAGGCAGCCUCAUCCUCAAAGAUCAGGUUUCCCAAAGGUCUGGGAGUCAGGCAGAGCUCCUCAGAUUUAUGGGAGCUCAUUGCCAGGAGCCUUUCCUGGUUCUAUUUUUCCUUCUUUCCCAUGUGCAGCCGGGCUGUGGGAGCUGGCACAUGGGCACCGGGAGCCUUCAACACUAAAUUUGGAUUCUUGGGAAGGGUUUGAAUUUAGUUCUUAGCAAAAGCCUAUUUCUGCUUCUUUCACCCCCAAAUUCAGCCUAGGAAUAGCAUCUGCCUGAUUUCCGUUUGCUUUCCAUGGGAUUCCAGGAGCACUGGCAGACUGGCUCUACUCUAAUUGUGUGUCAGCUUUAAUUCCUUUUCUGCCUCCUCAAGUGCUGCCUGUUUGGGAAGAUAACACUGUCCCUCCCCUGCUCCUUUAACCCAGCUCUGAGGGCAGGUGUCUCACAUGCCAGAGAAGGGGCAUCUCCACUCCCUCUCCCAAAAAGAGUUCCACCGAAAUCUCAGUGUCCUCCCACACCCCUCCCAAGGCUUUGCCCAGUGCCCCUCAUCGCUGUGAAUUAUUUACAGCACAAAUGCUCAUCACAGAAUUGAACUUCCACUCACAGAAAUCAGAAUUGUGUCCUUUUAGCUCUUAAUUCAGAGGCUGGGAAUGCUGGAUGCCAAAUCCUGAAAGUCAGCCUCUGUGUCUUAAAAG